AUGAAAGUCAUAAAAGCAAGUAGUGGUGGUGAUAACGAUGAAGACUAUGAAAAUUUUAUAAAUUCAUCAGAUUUUAAAACAAUUUCAAGUUGUUUUGGAGGUUCAAAGAGUGAAAAGGUUAAAACAACAAAUGAAAAAGUGUUGGACAAGGCAGGUUUUUUGGAAGAGAUGAUGGAUUGUGUGGAGCUUGAAGAUGAACAGAUUCUGAUUUCAAAUUAUGAAGUACGCAAAAAUGCUAUUGAAGAUAAUUCAAUACUUUAUGGAAUCGCAGUAGUUUUAUCAAAUAUCACAAUGUACAGAAAAAAAUUAAACGAAACUGAAGAACAAAUUUUAAAGUUAAAGAAAUUAAGCAGUGAAAAUAACAACAAAAGUAAGAAUAGUGAUGAUAAGUUGGACCCACUAGAUGGCGAUGAACAUGUGGAUAAACGUAAUAAAAAAUUGUUAGAUCUGGCAACAGAUCGAUCAAAUCAUGGAUUGAUGGUACAACAAGGUGCUGUAAAAGCUUUAAUUCCAUUGGCAUCGAUGACAACGACGAUAACAUCGACAACUCCGGCGAAAACAACAAUGAUAGCAACAAAAGGAUCCAAAGAAAAUGUGCAACAACUUGCAAAACAAGCAUUAGAAAAAAUUGCAAUCACGAUGAAUCCAAAUCUUGUUUUUAGAGGCCUGACAAAUUUAUCUAGCACAGAUGAUGAUAUUUGA